UUUUUUUCAAACGUGUUAUUCCGCUGUGUGUUCAGUCUCUGAGCUGCAGCCGAGCACAUUGACUUGCUGCUAACAUUUCAGCUGCCAGUCAAACCCCGCUUCUUUUUCCACUCUUCGGCGCUAUUACGGCUUUUAUGUUCACCUGCUCUUCAUUAUUUUUAACCCACGAAAUCGCCAUUAAUCUGACCAUUUCACCUCGAAGCCAUACUGGGUUUUUGUGCGACCGUUGAAGCAAUUUUUAUUGAAAGUAACCAUUAAAAUUUGAAUUUUAACCGACGUCAGUUUAUAGAGAGGACUCCAGAGCCUGGAUCUGUUUACAGGUAAGAGUCUGAGCAUGUCUCGCACAGUUGAGUUUUAUUUUUGAUUAAUUCUUUCUAGUUGUAUGUUUAAUCCACAUUAUAGUCCCAUUAGGACGUUUUCUAGUCUGCCUGUUGCGCGGAGGCUCAAGGCUGUCUGUUAUUGUUGAAAAACGAGUAUAUUAGGUUUGUUUCCCAUAAGCACCUUGGUAAUUGCUUUAAUAUUCUACAUACUUUGGACAGCUCUCUGGAAGUAGACGGACUGUAUGUGUACGAGUAAUACUAGUAAGCCUCGGUCAUCAGGUCUGGGAUCUGGAUAUACAAGGGUUUAGUUGAACGCAAUACGCAGGAUUUUUUUGGCUCUUAUUCAGGUGACAGCGUUUCGACAGGAGGAACUAUUUUGUCAAGUUAGAUUGUAGAAAUCUUUGUAAAAUCCCCCUUUAGUCUCUCUAGUCACAGUGAUAUUGGGUUUUAGUCUAUUAUUAGUGUUAGAAGUGGAGAACACCCUCAGGUUGCUUCCUGUUUUUUUUUUUCUGUCUGCAGGGUUUUGCAGACAGCCUCCAUGCAUGCAGUGCAGGGACAUUGACUGUUGUCCUUGUUUACCCCCAAGGGUCAGACAUUCAAACAACCAUGGCGUACAGUAUAUUGUGUUGUCACUUGUUGCCUGUGUGCACCUAGAGUGGGUGUAAUGCCUUAAUCAUGCCCCAUUUAAAUACACAGCCAAGUUAAGGCAAGUUCAUGCUUCCUGCGGGCUGUGGACUCUGCACCAGUUUAGCUAGUUCUUCUUUACUUAAUAUAAACAGUGAUACACUGACAAACACACACACACACAGGCAUGUUGCCACAUUUCCCACACAACCUGUUUUCAUUUCGCCUCUUACACACACAUAAACUUCCAGGGACUCUCUUUCCCGUGCAAAUGAAACCGUACAAUAACAAUUUUGCAGUGAGGUCAAAUCUAAAAAUGUUGUGCUCACUGAACUUAAGUUUUUUCACGUGUAUGGGUUGUGAAACUUGUAGCUAAACAAUAGUGUGGUAAAAAUAAGGUAAAACUUCUUGAGGCUGAAUUGUGUGUUCCCAAGUCUUUCAUGAUUUGUGAUGGGAUAGGCUUACUGUAUGUUUGUCUGAAUGGGAACUGUGGUCCCUUAAUGAGAUGAAAGGAUUACUGAUACUUAACCUAAUUACUUUGCUCCCUCCCUCCAGGCUGCUGGCUUUCACUCUCAUUGUGAUUUAUGGAUCACCCACCUUCAGCUUUUUAAUCAAUUACCUGUUCAAUGACAUUAUCCUUAUAUGGUACUUGUCCUUGUCCCUGUUCUUAAAUGAGUUGUCUAUGAAGUGAGUUGUAUUUAGUUUGAAUUCUUGGAUGUGUCUUUAUAACUGCUUCACUUGUUUCCAAUUCUGCAAUACAGAAGGAAACCACCUAGAAUUUGGGAAUAGGGAAACCCCACAUUUAUGAGUCAAAAACAGUGCAUUUUUUUAGAUAACCUCUGAUGCAAGAUCAUUAGACUUUGUUAGUUGAAUCUUUGGGUUUUUCCUUCAACCCUUGAUAUUAUCCAUUCAUACUUUAAAAUGACUGCAACUUGAAGCCAAUAGAAAAACUAUGAUGUGGUAAAGUCAGUUUGUGUUUUCAUUUAAGUGUAUCUGACAGAAACCUGGUCAACUCUUUAGGUGGUUGGCACUUGAGAGAAGCUGGUGGGUGUGACACUGAGAUGACAGGACCCCAGUGUCCUAAAGCAGGUGUUACUGCUAGUUCUGUCAUGAUUUUGAAACCUUAUUUCAUUUUUGAUGCUGUUGUUUUUUUAGUGGUUAAAUUUGGCUGUCACACGACAUUUUCUGUAGUGUGACGACAUUAGGACAUGCUUUUUUUUUCCCACCUCGAGGGUUUAUCCCUCACAAGUGUCACCCUGCUUCUCAUAAUCUGCAUUUUUGACACUAUAGCUACCCUUAACUGUGAGCAGAUGAGGUGUGCAGCUUCCUGGUGAGGUGGUACCCGGCCUACUCACCAGUCAUAAUGCAGACGUCAGAGCUCCGGUGAAGGUUACACAGUUGGGGCCGUUUGGUGCACUGUGUUUGAUGAGGGACACAGUGCGCAGGAGUAAAGAGCAGCCACCCAGAUCUGUCCUCUUUAUAGUCCCUCGUCAUCCUCUUCCACCUACAUAUUGACCCUCUGGCUGUUAGAGCCCCUGUCCUCACUGCAGACACCUGGACAAGCACAUAAGGGCUGUUAAAACUGGGGCGCUCUAUUUGUACACCAUGCUGCAUCCAAGCAAAUAACUUGGAUCUGCAAAGUAAAGGUGGGACAAGUUCAGUGGGACAAGAUUAUUUCAGAGUACAACAUGAGAGGUGUGAGGAAAAAUUCAAAGCAUAUCUGUGUUGUAUAGUUUCAAGUAUUUGCCAGGUUUUUUGUACCAGUUAGUUGGCAGAAAAUAAUCAGCAACUUUUAAUCCUCUUUUUGCACCAAAUAUGAGAAUUUGCUUAUUUGUAAUAAAUCUUAACAAUAGUUUAAAUUAUAAUAACUUUAUAUCUCUGGAAAAACAAAGUCAAUGUCUCUUGAUUGUUAAAAAUCUUUUAAAAAUUGACUUUUUUUUUGAAGGACAUUGACUCAAAACUAAUUAAUAAUCACACCUAUAUGCCAAAAAUUAUGUCAAUAAAUGAUACAAUAUAUAGCAGGUAUUCUAGUAGAAGAGUUUAAAAUCUAAACUUUGCUUUAUCUUGUUUUCAUAAUUUUUCAGGGGCCUUUGACCCCGUUUUUUGCAUUGUGAGAAACAACACUGAUAGUUGUAUGUGAACUGUAUCUGCACAUUAAUGCAGCCUCCUCAAACAUGCAGCUUCUUUCUUUAGCCGAGCUCUUCUUUAAUGUCUCCAAACUGUCAGUUUUCUUGGGUUUUCAUCGUCGCCAGAGUGAUAGAGUGAUUGACGGUCAAGAUGCCCUUUUGCAUAAUCUGCUGUUUUGUCAGGUCUUUAAUGCAAGUUGAAAAGCUUGAAUUAAAUUUUUUUGGGAUAAAAAGGUAACUGUUGGCUGUACUUGUAUGCAAAAGACUGUUUAAAAAGUGAAUAAUGAGUGGGAUCACUGCUGGUGUUUUUGGGGAUUGCAUGUCAGCAGAUGGUGUUCAGAAGUUAGAAUACUUGGGACACCAAAAUUUAGUCCUGCAUCCAGAUUCAACACUUUAAUGCCGAAUGCUGCCAGAAGAUGCUCUCUGGGUUUUGAUUCAAGUUUUGGACUUUUUUCUUGUUCCUUCACUUACUUAAAUUAAAAGUGACAAAGAAGCGGGAGAUGGCACCGAUAUUUGUUGUUAAAGAGUCAAAUCGUGUAAACAAACAGUGGAGCCAAACAACACUCUAGGGGGGAUAACUGCUCAUAAGCUGCACUAGCAAUGUGGCAUUAUGGACAGCCAUGUUAGUGUCUCCAGUUUUAUCAAAUAGCAUAAGCUUUUGGAUAGACUGUCAACACAUUUUCAUUAUGAGACAUUGAUCGUCCUAAAUCAAUUAAUUUCAUUGAUAUUUGUGGUAAUAUUAUAUUCCCAUCAGAGUCAUCGGUGUGUCAAUAUUGUCUGAUAGUUUGUGACAAAAUACCUGCGAAGCAAAUAUGGUUCUCACCGGCAUCAUCUUUACCUCAUGUAGAUUCUCAGUCUGGCCUCCGACUCGGGAAAUGGGUCCUUCUUAAUGUUGUUCCCUCUGAUGUCUCUGUAAACUUCCUUUUUUUCGCUACAGGCUUAACAUUAUGGAUGCUAAUAUUCUAGUAUGCAGUGAUGAAAGGUGAACAUAUUUAGCCUGAAUCCUUAAGCUGCGUAGAUAUAGCAUUUAAGAGCUGCUUCCACCGCUCUGGACUAAUAUUUAUGAUUCUGUGACAGUCAAUGCUGUGUUAUGAGGAUUUUACUCUUGGGUUAAGUAGCUUUACAUGUUAAUGAGUAAUCCGUUUGUACAAUAAUAUACAGUAGAUCCACAAAUUGUCCUGUUUUAAUAUCUAUAAAUUUCCUGAUAGAGGUCAAAGAUAAAAAGGAAAAGCUUGUUUGAAUAAAUAUUAGGGAGGAUGAAACUCCUGGAGAUAAGAGCUGUCGAUAAGCGAGUAAAAAUUCAUUGUUUUGUAUAUUCAAAGGUAUAAGGUGCUGUGUGAACUAGGAUGACUUUGAUUGAGAGCCAGUAUUGCUGUGUAGCUUUCCAAGACUGGCUGUAAUGGCAACUGCGCGCCAUUUGGUGUCUGGUGCGGCGGUAGGGAGGAGAGCAAACGAGGAGUGUUGCUUAGGAGCAUUUUGAUGAUGCUCGUUGCAUAUUGCUGAGCUGCAUUGUCAGGGCGUGCGUAAGCAAAGGGCGCCUGAUGUGGAACUGAAUGCAGGACAGGCAAAGCUGCAGGAGGAGUGCUUGUCCUGCCCCCAUGAGAAAAGUUUCCAUCGAUCUGGAGGUGAGCUGAGAGGAGGAGGAGGAGAAAACACAGACAAGCAGAACAGCUAAGCAAGCAAAGCAUUACCUCCUCAUCUCUUAUUCCUUCCUCCUUUUUGGGGCUGGGAUGUGUCUUUGUUCUGGUGUUUGAAGGUUGGUGUACCAAUUCAGUUCCAACCUCCCCCCUGUCCCUCCUUUUCCCACUCCACUGCAGUUUCCUCCUUCUGGGCUGUCUGUCUGCAUGCUCGCACACACACAUUCCCUCACACUCACCCCCUCAUUGGUUUCUCCGUCUGUGUCUGCCGCCAUCAGACGCAGGGACUGAUAUUAUCUGAGCCAACGCACCCCUCCUCUUUUUUUUUGUACCCCUCCUUUUCUUCAUGGUGUCUAUUGUUUAAUUGCUUCGUGCUUUAAUUUACUUCUAUGUCCUGUGACUUUCAGGACAGCCGUCUUUUCACUUCCCAUUUACAUAAUCUGCAGCACCACUUUGGUUUCACCUUCUUCAGGGAAACUAACCUGUAGUUCCCUUUCUGUGCGUCUCCUCACUAAGCCUCCUUAUUGAUUGUGAUCUGUAUUCAGUUAGAGUCCGGACACGUCACUCUGCUCCCUGCGAGCGAGCCACGCAGCAGACAGACAGACAGCAUGCAUCCUCCCUGCAUCACACUGCACCAAAGCCUUGCCUCACCCCUGUGUGAGGACAAAGCUGCUCGGAGUUAACCAAAAGUUGUUCAGUUUAAUACAAGCAUGUGGUUCAGCCAUGACUCUGCUGUACCAGUGAAGUAAGUCUGGGAGGAACAAGGAUGGGCUCCAUGGAGGGAGGAGCUGCUGCGGAAACUGCUCCAUCAUUGGUAGCUGAAGUGCUCUGCAUGCCUGUAAGACUCCGUUUGAUUGGCUGGAGCGUCGCAUUGAGCACAGCAGCUGCAGUUGUGAAGAACUGCCCCUUCUCUCUCUCUCUCUCUCUCUGCCUUGUCUCUCUUCUUCCUACUUCUUCCCUACACAUUAAUAACUGUCUGGGAAUCAUCGGUGUCGCCCACAUGUGCCAGUCGUACCGUUUCAAGGACACUGUUUUUUCACAAGUUACUUGAGUACUUUCAGCUCAGCAGAGCUCAGGGGAGUUGAAGUGACGUCUCUGUCCUGCCUGCAGUCCCCCUCCAUCCCUCUCUCUCUCUCUUUCUCUCUGCCUCUCGCUCUUGUAUCACUUAAUCAAGACAUUGCUUGCCCUUUCCUGUUCAUUGCUGCCUCCCACCCUCCCGUAUGCUCUGCUCUCCUAUUUGUUUGUCCUCGCUUUAUUCUCUUUGGCUCUUCCCUCCCCGACCUCGUGCCUCUCGGUCCUCAUCACCCUCGGCUUUUCCGAAAUCUUUCCAUGCAAGGUUGGAACCUACGAUUCUGUCUCCUCCGCAGACAUGUGCUCUGUAAGUGCUUUAAACUAAUGUUUGGCUUUUGUUUUUUUUUAACAGAUAACAAGCAAGGACGAGAAGGAGAGAGGUCAGCUAGGAGGAUGACAACAGCAGGAUUAACAACAAUGAAGAGAGGGUGAGAAAGAGACUGGUACAAGAGGAGGAAGUGGAACUCCAAAGUGCCUACUGCGCCGGGGUCGUCUGCUGCUGCUGGUUAGCUGCUGUCUGACUGCUGGAUGAGAGCAGGACAGGCUUUGUGUGUGUUUGGCCCUGAAUGGAGGCUAUAUUUUAUCCUGACAGCCCCAGAGUCAUCCAUCCCACGUUGCUGAGCUGCAAGCCUCACAAACGCUGAGCCGAGCUGCCACCUCGCCUCAUGAGUAGAAGGACACCUUCCCGAUAAGGUUCUGCUUUUUGUUAUUCCACAGAUUUCUACUUUUUCAAGCCAAACAAAAAGAGCUGAACAGUGACUGCCUAGGCCUUGGCCAUGUUGACGUGAAUGUAAUAGUGACUUACCAAGUCUGCUGGUUGGUUCAGGUAGAGGCACAGACGCUCUGUGACACAUCCAAGCAUGCUGGAGUGAUGUCCUCAGAGUGGUGUUUUUUUUUUCUUUGAGACAGAGCUGGCCUCUGCUCACAGUCAGCCCCCUUUAUCUCUCUGCUGAAACUUCAGCUGCCACUUUUCCCAGGAAGAGCCAAUAAACAUACCCUGAAAUAAACCAACCAAAAGGACUUGCUGCCUAUUUGCGCUGAGGAAAAAUAUUUUUGUCUCUGUUUCCUCUGUGUUUCGCCUGGGAUUUUUUUUCUCACAUCACCAUUAGUCACCCCUUGCUCUCAUCAGACAGUUUUCCAUCCAUCUGUCUCCACCGCUGCUCAGUGUUAGCGAGCAACUUCGAUGGCUAUAAGCAUGACAAUGGGACGGGACACCAAAUGGCUGACCCUGGAAGUGUGUCGGGAGUUUCAGAGAGGCACCUGCUCGAGGUCUGAUGCGGAGUGCAAGUUUGCCCACCCUUCCCGGAGCUGCCACGUGGAGAAUGGCCGAGUCAUUGCCUGCUUUGACUCACUCAAGGUAACAAUGCAACAGACAUGGCGCUUACCAGUCACUCACAUAUAUUAUUUCAAUUAUUUAGACACAUUCAGUGUUGGCUUUGUCAAGUGUACUCUGCAUAGUCUUGGAAAAGUAAGCUGCCAAUUUCUGACACAUUACACAAACACUAUCCUGUUGUGUUGUAACGGAAAAUUCAGACACUUGUAUGAAAGAAAUUGACAACGUUAAGCCAUGUCACACAUUAUAUCACAAAAUAAUUCAUAGGUUUUAAUAAUUAAGUGUGUUUCCACUAACUUUAUGAUAGACAAGAGGAGGUUUGUGUAGAUUUAAUCGGUUCAAAGGUGAAACCUGUCUUUAUUUGUUAUCACAUCCACCCAUUUAACCCUCACAGUACGUUUUGUCAUCUCCAUGUCAUUGUGAUUCUGACACAAGAAAGUUGAUCUGAGUUCAGUGUCAUUGAGACGUGAGACCUGUCAGGGUGACUCAGAACACAAGUGAAUUUCCUUACUUUGUCCCUUAAAUGAUUCCAUUGAUUUAGAAUUUAUUUAUACUGGAUAUCGUUGGUCUAGCAUGAAGAUGUGAAUGAUCCUUGGAAAAGUCGGAAAAAAGCAAAAUCGGAGGUGGAAACAAGAUAGCUACAUCUACAAAAUGUGAUGCUAAAAUAACUUAAAAUAACUAAAAUAACAAGGGCUAAAAUAACUUUCGUAGAUGUAGCCAUCUUGUUUCAGGCCUCCAAUUUAGCUUUUUUCCAACUUGGUUAACUGAAACGCUGGUAACUCGGGUGUGACGUCAUUUCCAACUCCGACAUCUGACUUCCAAGGUAACUCGAGGGCAGCAUAAAGGUCCUGAGCCAGAUGAGAACCAGAUAAUACCAAGAUAAUACAGAACAUGUCCUGUGCUGCUAGGUCCCCACACUGUCCAUUUAGGGUUCUUUGUAACCUUAAUCUAAAAAUCUAUAAGUGCAGAUUCUACAACACUCUCAUGUCCUGUAUAACUUCGAGCCUUUGUUUUUCCUGAUAUAUAUUGUCUUCUUGUUAGCAAGUCAUCAGUGCUCUUGCAACUGUUCUCUUCAAAGCAGCAGACGAGCUAUCACCGCCAUCUCCACGCUCAGACACAGAAAUAGAUGUACAAUUUAGACAAGGACACCAAGCUUUAGAGGGUAGCAACAUUUAUCAUCCAAACCCUUUAAAAUGUACGGGUUGAAUAUAUUUAAAAAAUAACAAAAUACAACCAAAACACUCUCAAGGUUGAGAUGGCGACCAGUUAAGUAGUGACCAGUAUAAAACAGGUCACUACUUAACAAAUAGGUCAAUUUUAAUACAGUAACUCAACUGAAUUCAUGCAUCAAGAAUUGUUGUUUACUAUAAGUUGCAUGCCUUUGAUUUCAUUGACCACAGUAUAAAUCAUCAUAUCUCCUAAACUGCAUCCGAACCAAUCAAGCAGAGUUCAUGUUCUCUAUACCUGAACAGAUAUAGAUGCCUAUUACCAACAGUUGUUGGUGUCAUUUUUACCCAGGUGUAACUCCUGAUAAAACCGCUCUCCUGUUCGUCAUCCUUUAGUGUUGUGGGCUUGUCGGUCGUGCCUCCUCACCAUCACUGCAGCUGCUUAGCUAAUCCUCUCCCCUCUGCCACAGAAGUGCAUCUCUAGAUUUACUCAUGCACCACAGAAAAGUGAUGAUGCUCCAGCGUAAUAAAUCAGUGCUCUGAUUAUUGAUGGUCAACGGCUCUAAAAUCAGGGGUAGACUGUUCCUCUUUCCUCAUGCGUGUACAUGUGUAUACAUGUGUGCUUGGGUGAGGUUUACUCGCAAUGAACAUUCAUGCACAGGAAAAAGUGAGACCCAGACAAGGGGCUUUCUGUCUGAGUGCAGCUGCUGUCUCCUCGUUUAUUGAGUUAGAAUUUAUUAUUCAGCCAUUUUUCUGUGUUAUGUCCUCCAGAGCAUGAGGGAGACAGAGAGGGAGCGAGAGGAAGAGAAACAGAGAGGGGGGGCCUAGCAACAGCACAGGAGUGCAUACCCAUUGGAUAGUUUGAUCUUCCUGAGUGGCACGGCUGUUUUUAGCACAGAGCAACAGCCUGGCUCAGUGCUGGUUUCAUUGAUGGGAGAAUGAGAAGGGUAUCUUUGUAUCUGAGGCAGUGAGCAAGCAUCUAAGGCCAGGGUUGAAUUUUUGUAAAGUUCAUGACAGUUGAAGGUCACAGCAGCUUUCUUUAUCCCACACUGUUGCAGGGUUUUAGUGCAGCAACAACUACCACCUCUCCACAGCAGUGUCUAUCCUCAUUGUUGUCAGGAUUAUACUCACCUAACCGACAUUGUUUUUGGGCGACUGACUAGAAAAAAACAAAGAAGCAGCUCGAUCCCAACAGAGCUGCUCAACAUCAUCAGUUCUUCCUUUCGCUCCCCACCCACCCACCCCGCCUUCAUUUGUUAAUUUUAUGGAUUUAUCUGCUAAUGGCCUCCCUCCUCGCCAUCCCUGCCAUAUCUGGCAUCUCCAGCCUGCUCUGAGACAGCCGCUGUCAUUCCCUGUUGCUCCUCCAUUAGCACUGUCUGGUCAGUCUGAACUUGCUGCGGGGGAGGGAGGAGUCGGAUCACCGCCUGGUUCUUUUUACCUUGUUAACUGGAGUGCUGCUGUCAUCUCAGAUGAUUAGUGUAGCUGCCACAUCUGCCCAUCAUACAACAGCAGUGUCACUUCUGGAUGACAUGGUGCUGCAACCAUCCUCUGAUAUCAAUAUCGAUCAAUCUGUCGAGUAUUUAGCUGUUAAUUGUCUCUUUUUGGAGGCAAAAUAUAACAAGAAAUAUGUGAAAAUUGAUGAUAUAAUUUUAGAGUCAAAGAAAAUUUUCUUUUAAUGACUGCAAAACUCCGAUACUACAGGAUACGCAGUCUGCCAUCUUUGAGUUCAACAGAGGACAGAAUAUAUUCACAUGUCCCCCUAUGAAGUGGACUAGGACUCUACAACAGGAUGUACAUCAGCGAGUGAUUAGAUUUGCCAACAUUUGCUCGUUAGUAUUACAAAAUCAGAGCACAGCAUAGGAUGUUCGGAGUUUUAUUAGAUUUCUACAUAUUUAAAAAUAAAGUUAAAUCCUCAACAUGUCCAGAUUUUGUAUUAAAAACAUGAAUGACAGCAAUAAGAGAAGAUAUUCCUUUAUUAGCCCCACAGGGAGAAAUUCCAAAUUUACAACAGCACAUAAAAACAAAAAGAGAAAUUAAGGGAUGAAGAAACUUAGGUGUUUAAAAAGAUAUAUACAUGAGUCUUAUUUACAGCUGUUUUGUACAUGUUGAUAUAUUACAGUUGAAAAAUUGAGAUAUUUAUAUGCAUGACUAUAUACACAGAAUAUGCAUAAGUGUGUGUAGAAUAUACGUAUGCUAUGUUAGUAAUAGUAGCCAAAAUUUUCAUGAUUUACCAUCAGAGUAAAUUUUAAAAGUUGACCUACUGAUGGCGAUCAUUCAUUAUAUCUUGGCCAAAAUAAAAGUCAAUAAAAGUAGCACUGUUGGAACAGAAACUGAACUGUAUGAGCUUAACUGUGACCAAUCAUUUAGUAAGUGUCAAAUGUUUUGGCUUCACUUUUAGAGAUCUGUCGUGUCAACCGUCUUUUUAUACUGUCUAUAGUGGCAUUAAUGACUCAGCAAUGAUAUUAGAGCUAAAUUAUUGUUUUCAUUGUUUCUAUAGUUUCUAAUUUUUUUGAUAUUUCUGCAUGAAAACCAAACGCAGUUUCAUAAAUAGGAAAAUGUUGCUGGCAUGGUUCAAAAUCUCUCACGAGUUGUAGAAUUUAUUAUCUGAGCAUUGUCAUGUUUGUCCCGUAUAAAGUAGUAAUAUAAAGUAUAAAGUAGUGUAUUUUAGCUCCAGAUAUGUGCUAUAGUUCAGAGGAGUGAUUCUGUUCAUUGUUGUCUCAUCUCUCUCUUCUCUUUUAGUGCUUCAGCAGCACACUGUAGUCGAACAGGAACUCUUUCUGUGUUGCAUAGUGUGUUGCUAUGGUGACUGAAAGGCGAUUCCUGACCCACAACACCUUCUUUAUUGGUCUCCAUAUCUGCACCAGAUUUUCCGAUGGUUUUGUAGUGCUACCAUUGACCACAAAAUCCAUUUAGAGUCUGUUUCGUUUUGACGCUCAUCGUGCACAAAGUGUGUCACUUUAGGCUCAUUAAUGAGAACUCUUCAUUCUCACUGAGUUUGAGCAGGCUGUCUGGACUCAUGGGACUGGCUCCUCAUUACAGACUCAUCCCUAAACACUCUGCUUGCUGACGCAAAGCUUGCUCCAGUGUGGGCGAGGGUGUUUGUGUGAGCCCAUGUUCCAUCCUGACCAUUUUUCAGGCUGCUGCAUGUUUGCUCGUAUACACCUUUUCUGGUGUGUGAGGUUGUUGAAAUCCCUCACUGAUAACGGUAAAGGUGACAUUGCUUUUUCUCUCUGUCAUACACACCGCUCAUGCUGCUGAUAAACCCUCUUUUAAUGUGUCCUCCUCCCAGUAUGACAUCAUCCGUCACCGUCGAAAUCUCUGCACCAUGAUGUCACUUUGUCGUGUUUUUUUUUCUAUUGUUUAACUGCUUUUUCAGCCAGUUAUGACCCCAAGAGGUGGUCUGUGUGGGUGUGGUCUGAUGACGGAGCAUGUGGCUGUGUCUUGCUGGAGAUAGUUUAGCGAGUUAACAUCUCCUCUGCAGGGGCAGACAGCUGCCGUCUGCCCGGGGGUUUAAUGGAGACUGCAGUUCCUCCUCUCAGUGUGUGUUGACUUGCCGUGUUCCUGCAGCUGUGCUUCUGCAGCACCAUCUUCACCUUCCCCACACUCUCUGACAGGGAGGAAGGACACUGCUGUAAAGGCACUCCGGGACAAAAUGAAUUGCUUUUAGAUAAAUGGCACAAAAUCUGAUUUAGCGUUUGUCAAAAAGCCAAACAUGACAAGUAAAAGCGAGCAUAAAGAAGCACCGAUGUUCAAAAGGGUUUCUGGCAGAGGCUGUGAUAGGUGUCAGCCAGCUAAGAGACAGAAUUAAAGCCACCUAAGUUAAUACCACGCCAUUUAAGCCGCUUUUCAGAAUCCAUUGAGAUAAAACAUUUUACUUACAUCAUAAAAGUAAUUAGUGAUCCAGACACUUUAAGGUAAUGUCAGAGUUAAACGUCCAUCAGAGCAACUACUAAGUUCCAACCAAAAAAAAUCUGCUAUGAUUUUAACUAAAAGGUGAAAUAUAAAGUAUUCAGCAGCAUUAAGUAAAGGAGACUUGAUAGAAAUGGAGUAAAAUAAUUUUAAGUAUGUUUGGAGUAAUUUAGAAUCAGGUUUUUUGCAUUGACACUUUUUGGGUGGUAAAAAUGUGACAAACUGAGACUCAGACUUAUCAUAUCUCACAGGAGCUUUUUUACCUUAAAGGCCACCGUUACUUUGUUGAUUAAGAGGUGAGCAGGGCUGUCAAUCAGGUCCUUCUGCUAAAUGUUUUUAAUAUUCCUAAAAUUUCAUAGCACAUUGAGCUGCGUAAGAACUGGUCAUCUUCCCGUUUGCCUUUUUCUUUAUUAACAGUCAUUGUAAAAGAAAUCUGCUGUGCUCAAAGUCAUGCUUGGCGUUGCUCGUAGCCGUGGAAGCUGCCUUUACUCUUUGUGAAAGCCUGCAUGUGCUGAGUGAAGCUUUGCAUACAGGAGGCAUAAAGGAGCUUUGACUGUGCACACAAGCCUGACAUCAGAAUAACGGCUGCUGCAGCUUCAUGUCCCACUCGGCAUUUCUUAACAAAUAUUUAAUGUGAAAAAGUUCCUAGUGUUCACUGGAUGACCAUGAAAUUAAAGUUGUGUUAAAUCAGCUAAAUAAUAGUCGUCCACACACGCAUGCGUACGCUUUAACUCUUCUUCGGAUGGCUGUAAAAUAACCUCAUAUCAAGAAAUGCUGUUCUUACCUUGGCUAUCCUUUAUUCCUGCUUUCUUGUGUGUUUUUUAAAGCCAAAAAUAUAAUGUGACUCAAGAUACAGACAUUCAAAUCAUCUACUUCUGGACAAAUUUGUGCUUUUUACUCCCCUCAAAAUUGUGCUUGUAACGUUUUAACACGAGGCACAACUUCAAAAGUAUGUUGCACUGUCUUCUUCCAAAAGCAACCACAUGUGUAUCAAGAAUCCUCACAUUUUUACCCCCACUGACAGUAGUUAAUGCUGUGUAAGUUUAUGCAAAAUGCAGGUGAAAACAGAGCAAGGAGGAUGUGUUACUGUCAACAUAAGAGCAAGACAAUGGUGUUUUAUUAUGAAGGAAGUCGGCUCACUCAUUCCUUACCUCUGCCUUAUCACAUCUUCCUUGGUCUCUACACAAAACUAACUGAUAAGCUCCAGUCAGAUUUGCAUACUUGAAUAUGUUUUCUUUCUCUCUGCAUGUUAGGUUGAAAUUUUCCUGGUUAGCAGCAGGUAGAAACACAGGCUCUGUCGUACAGGCGGUGAGAGUCAAGCAUCUGUUUUCACUCCUCGGCUUUUAUCUCUUCUCAGGGACGUUUAUUUGAGUUCUGCUGGGACUGUGUGGAAAAAUCUAAACCUUGUUCAAAUACUCCACCUGUCAUGAAAUGGCACGUGUGACAGCCAUCUUAGCUUAAGAAACAAGUACUGCUAAUUCACUGGAAAACACAUGACAACCCUUUGUCUGACUGCCAGUUAAAUUUCUGCAGUGAGAUUGUUGUCAGCUUCAGCCUAACUUUCUUUGAAUGAGGAAGGUUUUUGGAAAGAGGUUGUGUAUUUCUCAUUAAUUACCCAGCGUACAGCCUUAUGGGACUUCAUUAGUCGUGAUCACAGUUUUGCUCAAUAAAUAGCUAGAUUCUGGGUGAUUAGUUUCAUAAAUUAAACUUUAUUAUCAGGAUGUGUUAGACUAAACAGCUGCCUCAGUAACAAGUUUGAGUCAUUGAGUUUCCUAAUCGAAUUAUUUUCCCGUUUGUGCACAGUCAUUGAUGGGCGUCACCCUGUCUGUCCGCCCUCUCAUCUUUCCUCCCUUCUCUCCUCUUCAGGGACGCUGCACACGUGAGAACUGUAAAUACCUGCACCCACCUCCACACCUGAAAACUCAGCUGGAGAUUAAUGGAAGGAACAACCUGAUCCAGCAGAAGGCGGCUGCAGCCAUGUUAGCCCAACAGAUGCAUUUCAUGCUGCCUGGAGCACAGUUGCAGCCCAUAGUGAGCAACUUACGUUUCAACUCAGACAUCACCUCCUCCUUAAUGCAAUGUGUUAUGAUAAAUUUAAUGCAUUUAACAAAGUAACUUGCUGAUUUUGCAUUCUGAAAACUGUGACAUUACGUAUGGGGUGAGCCUUGUCCAUACUAGUAAAAGAGUUAUUUUAUUUAUGUGUUUGGGGUAAGACGUUAUUUUUAUGCCGUAGUAACUCACAAUUCUGGUUAUGUUCCCACCGAAUCCUCAGCCAGGGAACACUCUGCCAUAACUUGUUUUGUCUCUCACGUCUCUGCCCUCCUCUCCGUCUCACAGACAACAUUCCCAAUGACGCCCUCCCUGGCAACCAGUCCCAGUAUGGCGUUUAGUCCGUAUCUGAGCCACAUGGGCCCAGGCAUGAGCUUGAUGCCUGAGCUACUGCCCAGUACUCCCCUGCUGGUUCCUGGGAGUCCCACCAGCCUGGCAGCCAUGGGCAACGGCACCUCAGCACAAAAACAUUUGCGCACAGACAAGCUGGAGGUAUGCAGCCUGGGUGCAGUUGUUGUGUUUUUAUGUCGGGCCAAAGUAUGAUGAAAUGUGAGUGUUGAUCAGUGCUUUCUGCUGGGUCCUGCCAGGUUUGUAGGGAAUUUCAGCGUGGUAACUGCACCCGGGGUGAAAGUGACUGCCGCUAUGCUCACCCACUAGAAGCAGGGAUGGUAGACUGCAGUGAAAACUCGGUCAUUGUCUGCAUGGACUACAUUAAAGGCCGCUGCAGCAGAGACAAGUGCAAGUAUUUCCACCCCCCAGCUCACCUGCAGGCCAGGAUCAAGGCUGCACAGCACCAAGCCAGUCAAAAUACAGCAUCCACAGCUCUUGUGAGUCUUUUUUUUUCCUACUGAGACCUCUUUGUUUUGUAUUGUUUUGUUUUGUUUUGUUUUUGUUUUUUCACAAAAAUUAGCAUUUGAACCCAAGGUCAGAAAAAUUUGUUUACUGAUUUAUUUCAAUAAAUUAGAAUAUCAUCAACAAGUUAUUUUUUUCUGUAAUAUAAUUCAAACUGUGAAACUCAUAUAUUAAGGAUCAAUCACACACCAACUGAUAUAUUUCAAGUGUUUACUUCUUUUCAUUUUGAUGAUUGUAACUUACACCUAAGAAAAAUCCAGAAUUCAGUAUCUCAGAAAAUUAGAAUAUUGAGAAGAAGUUCAAUAUCGGAGACUCAUGCAGUCACACUCUGAUCAGACAACUACCUUAAAACACCUACAAAGGUGUCCUUGGCCUUUAAAUGUUCUGUCAGUCUGGAUCAGUGGGCCACACAGUCAUUAUGAAGACUGUGGAUUUGACAGUCGAGACGAUCACGGACACCCUGCACAAGGAGGGUAAGACACAGAAGGUCGUCACUGCUAAAGAAGCUGGCUGUUUACAGAGUGCUGUGUCUAAGCACACUCAUGGAAAGUUGAAUGGAAGAAAGAAAUGUGGUAGAAAAAUGUGAACAAGCAACAAAGAUAACAGCAUCCUUGAGAGGAUUGUGAAUUUGGAGGAGAUUCACAAGGAUUAGACUGCUGCUGGAGUCAGUGCUUUAAGAGCCACCACGCAGCAGAUGUAUCCAGGACAUGGACUUCAACUGUGGCAUUCCUUGAGUUGAGACAUUUUUGAUCCAGAGACAUCAGAGGUGUCUUACCUGGGCGAAGGACAAAAAGAGCUGGACUGUUGCUCAGUGGUCCAGAGUGCUCUUUUCAGAUGAAAGUAAAUUUUGCUUUUUUUUUGGAAAUCAAAGUCCCAGAGUCUGAAGGAAAAGAGGAGAGGCACAGGAUCCAAGUUGCUUGAGGUCCAGUGUAGGUUUGUGGAGCCAUUUCACCUGCUGGUGAGAAGGUCAGUGCAGCCGUCUACUAGGAAGUUUAAGAGCACUUCAUUCUGCCCUCUGCUGACCAGCUUUAUUGGCACCUGCCCACACUGCCGAAAGUACCAGUACCUGGUUUAAGGACCAUGGUAUCCCUGUGAUUGAUUGGCCAGCAAAGUCACCUGACCUAAACCACACACAGAAUCUAUGGGUUAUAGUGAAGAGGAAGAUGUGAGACUGAUGGCCUCUAUGCCACACUGCAUUGCUGCUGUAAUUCAUGCACAGGAAGCCCCAACCAAGUAUUGAGUGCUUUACAUGUUCAUACUUUUCAGUAGUUCAACAUUUCUGUGUUGAAAACCCUUUUUCGUUUAAUGUUCCAGUUCUCUGAAAUACUGAAUUUUUGGUUUUCAUUAUUUUUAGUCGCAAUCAUCAACAUGAGUUUCACUUGGUAUAUUGAAAUGUGAAAUAAACCGACUUUUUGAUGGUAUUCAAAUUUAUUGAGAUGCAGUGAAAUAGAAGAUGUUCUUGCUCUCUGCUUGGAUUUUGUUUACUGAUGCAGUGAGGAAUCAGGGUAUCACAGUGUCCCUCAGGCAGGUUGAAAUUUGAUAAUGUGGUCUGUGCAUGCGUACUAUCAGGGAAGAAGCAAAAUAAUAUCUCAAAAAUGAUUGCAAACAUAAUGUGUGGCAUUUGUUUAAGUGUUGUUUCUGUGGAUGGUGAUGCUAUGAAUGUCUUUUUAUUUGCUCUUAUUACCAAUAUGUGGUUGUAGUGGUUCCCAAAUUUCUUUUCCAUAAACCUAGCAGGAAAAUCCGAUAGGUUAAUAAAAAAUCAUCAUGUAAACUGAAAGUUAAAUGCACAUGUAGUCCUGUAAAUAUUGGGUAGCCAUGUUGUCCUUCCUAAAAGCACAAGGUUUUAGCUGCGGCUCCAUCAGUGAAUGAAAUCAUUGCAAUCCCAUCAUGCUUCUGUCUUGACUUCUGGGAUGUCCUGCUUCACUUCAGCUAAUCUUAGAUACAACAGCGCCCCCUUGUGGCUGUACUUUUGCUCCUCGAUGACACAGAAUAAUGCUGUUUUUUUCUGCGCUCUCUGGCCUUUCCUGAGCAGGGUCUGCCCCCAGGCACCAUGCAGCCCCUUCCAAAGAGGCCGAUCUUAGAGAAGAGUAACGGAGCUGCUGCCGCUGUCUUCAACCCGAGUAUGUUCCACUACCAGCAGGCUCUGGCUAACAUGCAGCUCCAGCAACCAGCCUUCAUCCCCACUGGUGAGUCUUACACACUGGAAACUCUUCAACAUAGCCCCACAGUUUUUGAACUCCAUGUACUCCAUGUGAAGGUGAGCAAAAGUGGGACUAUAAAUGCCUGGAUCUCAUUAAUGUGCAGUUGUUUUGGGACAACUAGAACAUAACACAGGUGUAAUUGUAUAUGUGUCUGUGUGGUCUUAAGUCUAGUCAUUAGUCUUUCUUGCUUUGCUCACACCUGCUUCAUUCUGUGUGGAUAUGUGACGAUGAGAGUCAUGACAGUCGUUUCUUUUAUCACUCUUCUUUCUUUGACAUUCCCGCGCUUUCUUGUUACUCACUGGGCUGUGUUAAAUGCUUGAUUCUGAUUGGCUUAAACCCCUUGACAUUAACUAAUUAUUGACUCUGCAUAACAGGAGCAAUUCAAGAUACAAGCAGAUCACACAUGUCAUGCCAAAUCAGUCCGCCAACAAGUAGUUCCGGCACAUUUCACUACAGUUUGUUGACACUGAGGCAAAGACAUUAGUCUCUAUCCGCAUGUGUCCUUUCCUGCAAUCAGGGCCAGGGCAGCAUAGCUGGUGAGAGUCAAGGUCAAGGUAGUGCUAGCACCCGGGACUAUUUUUUAUCUGUACAUAUCUCAUUUUUAAAUCAAGAAAAUCAUUAACUCUAAGUGUCAAUAUACUUCUAACUUUAAUCAGUAGCCAGGUAACGUGCACGGUGAAGCAGCAGUUAUGAAAUUAAAAUCCUAACAGGGUGAGACGAGACAGGAGGGGUCGACCUGCAUCCUGUAGAGAUCUUAAAUUCUGUAACUAACCCUCCACCGAGCAUUAUCCCUCAAAAUAAAUCAUCCAAAAUGCGGACAGCCCCGGGUGGAUGGUUUGGAGAAAUGCUGAUAGUUGUUUUUUUUUUGGGGAGGGGCUCAAAGCCGCCUUUGAUAGCAUAAAGUAGCUGUGAACACAAGAUAUAUGACGAUACCUGCACUAAUCACACUUCACUGAGAUUUUUUUGACUGUUCAGUUUAUCUGUGAAACCAGACUUCUCACUGUAACCUCACACCAGAUGAGACUCCAUUUAAAGGAUGUUAAUUAUAUUUGAAGGAGUGAUGGCUGAAAAUGUACAAAUGCCUUUCAUUAAAUUAGUCAAGUGCUGAAAACUCCAAUAACAUGUUAGCUGAUUAAUGUUAGCGUUAAUUAAUGUCUAUUACAAGAUUGCUAAAGCAGUUAAUAUUGAACAAUCAUUUUAAAAUGGUGAUCAGAUGAUUUAGAUAAGAUUUCCAAAAAGCUAUUUUCCUUUCAUGGAAACUGUAAAGAAGAAGUGAUAACAUGGAAUACUUAUUUUUCAAAUAUGAAUUAAAGCUUAGACCCACCGCACUAAACCUGUUGUGCACACAAAACAGAGUAUAUCGAUGCCUCUGCUCAUGUGCUGUUCAUUACAUUGGCUCAUCCUUCAUGUGUUACCUGCUCAGUUUUGUCUUUGCAUCCUACACACACCAGUGCGACACCUUCAACAGCCUUGAUGUCACUCCUGUUUCUCACACUUCCUCAGUUUUCUACUGACAAGUUCAACCUUUUUACCUCUUUUGUUCUCCUCCUGCUUCCCCUUUAGCUGCUCUCAUCCACUUUUUCCUUGUGUGUAUCUACAAAUAAUGUGACAGGGUCUGCUUUGGUUUUGUGCCCUAAGAACCCUUUUAUAGGACAGCCACACCUGGCACACAUGUGGUGGUGGAUGAGAGCCUUUACGAAGGGGAUGAUUGAUUAUUUGCAUGAUAAUAUGUCAACACUGACAAGCUUGUUUGAGCUAGUUGGCUAAAUAUCAUGCUAAAUAUUAAAACGGUGAAUAUUUUCUACUAUCAAAAUAUAUAUUAAACAUUAAGAAACUCUGCUCUACACCAUGCAUCAGUCAAUCCUUUGGUUCCCUGGCUUGUUGCUAAUGUUGCUCAUUUGAAGUUGAUGUUUCAAAAACUCUUUAUUACAAUCUCAGGAAAUGUCAAACAAUAAAAAGACCAACCGUACUCACACUUUUAUCUGAUUCAGAGUAAAAUCCAGUACAAAGAGAAUAUUAAAAUCCUGUUUUGGUGUUUUGAUAUAAAAAGGACAAAUCUGUCUUUUCAUUACUUCUGUAUUAUGUGAGUUUACUGUGAUACAAUAUCCAGCCCUGAAUAAAAACAAGGCUUGGUCAGUGGUAAGGUGAAGUGUAUUACAUGGCUGGUUACAAGCCAAAGGUGGGGUCCUUCUAGCUUUGACACAUCGAGGUGUUUGAACAUAUUUAGUGUGAGCCUAAACACCUGUAGUGGACCUUUUAUUUCGAGGUUUUCAGCUCAUUGUCUUUCUCAGGGCAUCAUCUAUGUGUCAUUGACCGUUCACUGUCAUGUUAGUAUUCUGUUUUAUUCUAAUUCAGUACUGUGACAGAGAGAGAGUGUGUGUAUAUAUAUGUGUGUGUGUGAGGGAGAUGUCCCCUUUUCAUACCAGUGUCGUAAUAGUGAUUAGAGAUGUAUCUACUUAACUGAAUGAUGAAGUACUUUGACUUUUACUGCAGAGCAGACACAGGUGCAGUUAAGGAUGCACAUAGAGGCAUUUAGACAAACAGGAUUAUGAGUUUUUGUGGUUGUAACAAUCCAUUUUUCCCUGAAUUUAUCUCAAAGAGUUAAAGUCACUUUUGUUUCAUACUACAAACAGAGUUAAUAAUUUAUAAGUAGUUAAAUGGUGGGAGGGUUUUGUUACUUUCUUAGUUGUGAAAAUCUACAAAAGGUAUGUGUUGCUUCUACUGGGGCCUCGAGAAUUUUUCUGAGGUACAGACAAGAAUAAGAAAAGACAAAUGUUAGAUGUAAAAUCUCCGAAUUUAAAUCCUUUAGCCCUUUUCAGAAAAACCUUAAAAAAUGGUCAUGACCACAAAAAAAAAGACAUGUAUCUAGUCUGUGGAAACUGUUCUACACUCCCUCCAGCAGAAGCAUUGUGAUUCUCCUAAUUUAGACUUCAGUUUGGGGAUCAUUAAAACAAUGAAUGACCUUCUUUCAACAGAAAUCUUGCCAGGAAAAAAGGAGUUUGUGGAUGUGGAUUAAAUUUGCCAUAUUUGUAGCCAAGUUUCUUCUGAUGAUACAAUAGUAGAUUGUGCUCAGUUGUGACUGUUUUUUGACUGUUUUCCCACCUUUCAGACUACUCAGUUAGUCAGGACUUAAAUUCUUUCUUUAAUUAUCAAGGAAAUAAGUUGCUUAAGAACAUCCCCAAUAGCUAUGGACGGCUUUUGAUUUUAUAUAUGUUAUGUGUAGUGUCAGAAAAUUUAAGUGACAUUUAUUAAAAGGUUUUCACAUAUUUUCUGCAACAUAACACCUCAGUAAAUAUAGGAAAUAGGUUCUGCUUCUGUUAUACCAGAGAGAUAUUUAAACUGGAUUUGUCAAGAUAAAAAUCAAAGCAGCAUGGGUCAAAAUAUCAUGACUGGAGGAUUUUCCCAAAGCACCAAAGCCUUCAUUUCCAAUAAUGUAACCAGGAGCAUCAUUUCACUAAACCUUCUGCACACCAACUCUGUGAAAUCACAGUGAUAUUUUUGUGAUAUUUUGUUGUGCCUGACGUAGCAGGCUUAAAGUAUCCUGGACUGUAUCAGGGGGAGAAUUAUGAAACCUCUGGUGAUAAACAAAACACUGUAUGCCAUUUUACGUCACCCUGACAAAUAAAAAUAAAACAAUUAUGUAAUCUACGACACAGAAAAAGUCAUCACAUCAGUGUUUUGUUUUUCAUUUUUAAAGCUCCUUUGGAAAGCAGGGAGUCAAAAAUGAACAAACUGUUUUUAUUUUUAUUUUGAGGUGCGAGAUGGCAGGAUUCAAGUUUUAGAAAAGGUGCUGCUGUUUUCUUUUCAUGUCUCAGCACUGUUUGCACAUAAAACAGCUCUUAUCAUUACAAACCAGAUAGGAUUGCUGAUUUGAUUCUGACCUAGAGGUUAGUCUCCGCCCAGAUGGCAUCACAGACUUUAAAGACAAAGUUACUAUUGUCCAACAUUUACAUAUUUCUUUUAGCUUACAGGAAAGUAUUUUUGAUCAGGUUAUUACGCUAAUAUGCCCAAAUAAAUGGAAUUUUUUGGAAGGAAAGACAAAACUGCAGACACAGAGUUCACUUAAUAUUUCUGAUGGAUCAUUUACUCCUUCACACACAUGCCCUGUCCAUUUAAAUACAAUAAAUCAGAUCUUCCAGUCUGAUCAGAUUGUAUGACUGUGUAUUGCCCUCUUUGUUUGAAGAUCAUUUGUUGCAGAGAUGAUGCAUUUUCCUUAUGUUUCUAUCUGGUUGGCUAAUUCAAUGUUUUUUUUAUCCUUAUCUCUUAUUUUGUUUGCAUGCGUCUUGACAUUUGUUCAAAUUCAUCCCGGCAAUAUCACUUGACUUGUGCCAUGACUUUUGAUCCGACACAUUUCGCCAUGGUAACCAUAUCAUUCCUGUCCUCCCCCCUCCCCCUUCCCCUCCCCCACAUCCUCGUCCUCUGUCUAUCGUCUGACUCGCCUGAAUAAAAGUUCCCAUGAUGCACGGUGCCACCACCGCCACUGUUUCGUCGGCUUCGACCGCAGUCACCAAUGUUCCUUUCGCUGAAUCAGCCGCCUCGAAUCAGGUUUGCUCUUUCGUUUCAGUUCUUUAUUAUUUGAACUCUGAGUCCUGUUUUUGAAGUCUUCUUCUCUCUCAUCAGGUCAAAGUUUCAGUGUCACGUGUGUUUUGUUCUCAUUUCAUCUGUCCUGUCUGUUCAGUCUGUUGUGAGCAAAUGAAAACAGGAUUUAUUCUGAGAGUAAUCUCAGAAUAAGUAGUUGUUUACAUUUGAAUGUUGUGCUUUUUGCCACUUUCUUGGUCUCUGUGUAAUCUACACACAAUAUGAGGUCUUCCAUCUGUAAAUAAACUGGCUUCUUAAUACUGAAUCUCCCCCUAAAAUUACCAAUAAAAAUAAUUCUUCAACAAAAUUUGGCAAAUCUUUACAACAUCUUUAUGCAACGUCAUUGAGGCUUCGUUUAAACAACAAUGUAAUUAUCAGGUAUUUGAAAAAUAAACUCUCUUAACUCUAUAAAACAGCUGGCUUUACGUCAAACCAUUUUGCCUCAUAACUUGCUCGCACUACUUUUUAUUUUUUUAUUUUUUUUACAGCAGGUUACUGUUUCAAUCCAGUCUCAGUGGGGCCCCUGCUCCCCCUCUCAUCCCUCUUUCUCUUUCCUCCAGUAGACCCCUCAGAGCUUCUGACCCCUGAACCAGUGGAGCUCCAGUGUGUCCCCAUGGAAACCCAUUUCUGUCCAGUCCCCAAACUCCUGGUGGCGGCUCCGGUGGCGCUAAACUCAGUAAGCCUUUCCCGAAACCCCAGUUAAAGCCCUGUGAUAUCAGGGGCAGUCAUCCUUCUGAAUGCAGCAAACAUGUGCCUCGCUUACAGUACACACUGACUGAGUGACAGUGUGAAUCUUUUAAUACGACAUUAUUUAUGGCAGAUAGCUGCAAUGGUUCAGGCAAUACAAGCCAAGAUGUGAUGCUGUCAACGUAAAGCAGCCAUUCUGAUGCAGAGUGACCUGAUCAGGCUGAGCAAUACAGCUCCCUCUGUCUUACAGCCAUACAUGCCCUCACCUUAAAAGUGCAGCAGACAUGUGCGCACACACACACACACACACACACACACACACACACAAACACACACGUUCAAGACUUGCAUGCCCUUUAAGGGUUGGAGCCAUCAUGUGACAUGACCCUACAUAUGUGACUGUUUCAAAAUCAGAGACCCCAAGAGGAUCGGACUGUCGCUGGUCUGCGCCCAUCAUCGUGUUGUUACAAUGGAAGAGUGUUUCAUAUCAUCGCAUAUCUAUGUUUAAAGAUGGCUACAAAUGUAAACUUAUGUUGUAUCAUGUUCAUUCUUCAGUAUGUUCAGAUGAUCUGCUUAACUGAUGAAACAUCAGUGAGUCAUCAUUAGUUUAUCCGUGCCUUUGAGUUAUAUGCGGUUGCAGAGAAGACAGAGUUUUCCUGAAUACUUCAAAAGACUGCACAGCAUACAAUGAAAGAUGUUGUAAAUUGCAUUGAAAGGCAAUAUCUGUAAUUACACAAAUACUGUGUAUUAGCCUAUAGCUCUUAUUAUAAAAGAAAUCCAAUAGCUACAGUGGUUGCCACUCUAAAUUUAUGUUCUAUCAUAAACUGAAAGUACGUUUUAUAAAGUCUCUUUACUCAUUAUCAGUAUCUGGUUCUUACUGAGUCUUAGCAGCAAUGAGACAUGAUCAUGCAAUGAAACAACCUUAAAAGCUACAAAGUGACCCAAAAUGAAGCUGAAGUCACUCUUUACUAUUCAGCCGGGGUUUAGAGAUUUUGCAUUUCUUGGUUUAAUAAAAAAUGCCUUAAGCAGGAGGAGGCCUGCUCUAUAUAAAACUCAAAAUUAAAAAAGCUCAGAUUAUGAAACUGCUGAAUUUUAGAGGUUGUCCCAAGGGUAGUCGUAGAUAUGAUGGCUGAAAAGGAUGGUUUGUUUGUUUUGUUCCUGUGUUGUAAAAGAAAGACAAUCUGGAGGCCUCGGUGCAGUCACUCACCUAAUUUAUUACAAGUCUUUGCUUCAGCAGCAAACCCAGAUUUUAUGUGAUCAUUUUAUCUGAAAUUAAGGCACGGACAAAUCGCCAAGCCUCAGACUGAAAUCUUCAACAUUUCGUUUGAUGUCAGAAUUCCUGCACAAGAUGGGAGCUGGAUUUGUUUCCUCAUGUUGUGCCUAGAAGUCAUUGUGUGCCAAUUGGUGGUUUAUGCAAGGAGCACUCUAUUUAAUGCAAUACCUAAAUAAGUCCCUUAAAUUAAUCUCUCCCUCUCAGAGUGAGAAGAGUUUUUUGAAAAAGGCAAUUUGAGUACUUGUCUUCUUUGUAAGAGUUUUUUGUUCCAUGAUUCUUCAGGGAGAAAGCUCAGAACUUGAAAGCAUCUCGGCUGAUUGUCGAAUGUGUGGUCUUUUUAACAGGGUGCGCAUAUUGUCAGACUCUAAACAUGGCAACCACAGUCGUUACUACCACAAUGGAGUUAUGAAAAAGCGUUGGUGAGAUUGUUUAAAACUAUACAGACCAGAUGAAACUUAGGUUUCCACGUGUCUCCUAAUUAUUUACUUUGGGUGUAAAAUAUUGGCACAAGGCUUUACACACUUGACUUAGAUUUCUAAUAUCAAAUUCAAAUGUGCCUGGAGCUCACUCAAACCACCACUGUCAGUUUACUGUAAGAACAGACCAGUGCUAAAAGAUAGAUAACCUUCUCUGAGACAGCUGUGCUGUCUUGUGGCUUAUGUAAAGAAUUGAAAUACUGAGUUGUGUGCAUACAUGUGUGUCAAAAAAGACAGAGGAUCAUAUCUUUGUUUGGUUGUAAAUGUUGCGGAGUAUCGCAGUUCCCUCCCUGAGCAAAGUUCUUUUAAAUUAUGUUAUUGUGUAGUGAAUGUAUCUAAAGCAAAAACUCUGCACAUGCCCCCCUAACUGACAGGCAUGCUUUCAUUAUAUAAAGAUUAUUUCUGAGGUCUUAUAGGUCCAUGCUGAGACUGUGUUCAAACAUAUACAACUGUGUGUACUAUUAUAUAGAUUUAUAUUUGAUGUUAAUGGAUGGUUUUAGAAAUAUCUUUCACUCUCAGAAAAGUUAGAUCACAAUUGUCCUUUUUUAGUACAUAAUUACACAGCACAAGUCGUGGUACUUUACAGUAUCAUGUCUUGUUUGGUAGUUUGUGUACCCCUACUUCUUAAAGUGCCCAAAAAUGCAACUGUAAGCACUGAGUUAUCAGUUAGCCAAAUUGUGGAAUCCUUCUAAGCAUUUAUUUUGUUUUCCACGUGACAAAAAUAAACUUAACGGUGAAAAGAGACCGUCCAGUGGGGGGCGCUACUGCUGCAAUAUGUGCAUAAUCCCUCAGUGGCUUCCAAAUAAUGAACAGUACUUUGGUCAUAAGGAAGCACACACGUCUGGAUUGGCACGUCUGUUUGUUUGUGUGAAUAUUUUCUUCUACUUUCACCUGAGCACCAAAAUCAGUGAGUCAUCUUAACUCUACAGCGUCAGACUAAUUGAUUCGAUCAAUUUAGAUUGGAACAAAAGUAGAGUAUGCUAAUUCAAUUCUCCAAAAUAUAAUGUCUUUCUGUGAUGUCUUGCCAAUUUUCAAGAUGUACAGUGACAUGAUAAAGCGUAAUUGACCUGUCUACUACUGAACGAGAAAGGCUGGCUUUUACACUUAAGGCUAGGUCACACUUACUGUGUGUGCUGACACGGGAGAGAUAUAAUAUUCUUCAGAUUAAGUAGUUCGUCAGAAUCUUACAGCUUUGAAAUACUACCUUUGUCCAGCCAAGUAAUCCUUAAGCCUUUGUCUUUGAAUUGCCCCUUCACAUCAUUUUGCCUUCACUGACUGCUGUCCAGCUUGAAAAAAACAAAAUACUUGAUUAAUAAAUUGUGCCUCCUGUGGGAGUUAGAUUUUUUCCAAGUGCAUUGAUGCACACGAGGGUAUUAGUCAGAAAGAAUGUGUUUGGGUGCAAGAAAAACAUCUUUUACCUCCUCCCUUCUGUCAUCAUCUGGUUCUUGAUUUUCUUUAGGUCUCAUUGUAUUUCUCUCAUUCUGACAUGAUUUCGUCUGGAAUAUGCAAAAUGCUCUGAUCAUUGUGUGCGGUGACCAGAUCCUUUAGCAUGUAGGGGGUUAUUAGAUCCUGAGCAUACUUGUGUUGCCCGGGCACAAACAAAGGGCCUUAUUUCCUGCUCACUGUCUAAAGAUUUGAUAGCUGUGUAUGAAAGUGACAUGUAUUAAUGGUAAUUUAAGCUUUUUCUAUCAGACAUUUAAAAACCACAGCAUGGAAAUGAAAAAAAAAAUCAUUUAUACAUCGUUGAUAGUUUGUGUAGACCACCAAGAAAAAAAAUAUUUAAAUCAUUUGUAUACAAUGAUGGAGUCAUUGUGAAUGGUAAUAGUUGCUGUUGCUAUGGCAACAAAAUGACAACAUGGCUACCUUUCUAUUAUCCUAAUUGUGAAUUUUUUCACACUCAUUGAAAUGACAUACAACACUAACUUAUUGAAAAAGGGAAUGUCUAAUUAGUUUGUCUUGUUAUUGCAACAUGAUUCAAUAUUUUGUAUGAAAACUGAAAUCCUUGAUAUAUCCAAAGGUACUUAGGGGAGAUCAGGUGUUUCUUUUGCUUUCUUUGUUUGACCUUACUUAUUUUUUCUUUUAGUACAUGGUGUUUUGGAGAUUUAAGAACGGACUCUGGUUGUUAAAGCCAACACCUAUCUGUCAGGGAGGUAAAGAGGCUUUUGGACUAUUGAAAGAGCUACAUCUUUUUUCUUUAACACCUUACAUAUUUAUCCUCUCUCCCUUCCUGCAGAGUGGACUCACUCAGUUUCCUGUGUGUGGACAUGUGUUUGCUUUCAUUACUGAGUUAUGUUUCAGUUUUGGACUAGAAGGUGGUCCAGAAGCCUCUCUGUGCCCAGCUGUGCUGGGUGAUGUCGAACCUUGCUGAGGUGUAUACGAAUGUGUAACGUUCACCUUGUUUGCACUUAUGUACAUAACUAUGUUAAAAAUACUCAAAAUUUAUUUUGAAUAAAUAUAGAUAAGAGUUGAUGAGAAGUCAAAUCAGUGAUUGCUAAUGAUAAUAGUAUGACUGUCAUUUUAUUACAGUAUAAAUAUAUUGCUUCGUCCUUAUUGUUAAUUUGCAAGAGCCCUGUUCUUUGCCAAGCACGACAUUGCCUAGAUACGAACCAUGAAUUUUUUAAAAGCUUUUUUCUGUUUACUGACUGGAAAAACUUUGGCCUAGUGAUGUGUCAAAAAAGAGGUGGAUGUGUAAUGAAACAGUGAUAACAAUGGCCAUAUAACUGCGUAGUGAAUACACUCGUGCAUUUGUGGUCUCUACGAUAGUACACCGAAAUAAAGCAUAGGGUUGCUCAACCUUUGAGCUGAAAAAUGUCAGAAAUUAAGAGUGGCUGAUUCAUAGAUACAACUUUUAAGGGUCUUCAUGGGAGAUGUUUUCCCAGGGUUUCAAUUCACCUUGUUUUUGCCUUUUUUAAACAGGUUAUUCUUUGCCCAUGUUGUCACUGUUGUCAUUAUCACAAAACAACAAAUCUGAAUUCUCCUCAGGAUUUGUGACAAAGUUUCCAACAACCUGUUUGUUUUUCUGAUGGGACUCUUGCAGCAGCAGCUGCACAUCAUCUUCACACAGCUCUGUUCCUGGACUUUUGGACAUAUAAUGCUCUUCAGUUUCAGCUUAAGCCAGAGAUUUUGUUGCCAUGGCACUUGUCCUAGUGGUGAAUGGACUGAGUCAUGCUGGUGAAAAAGUUCACAGCCCUCUAACUACAUAUGAGGGGGAAAUGGACAUGAGGGGAACAUUCAUCAAACUAAGCGUUCCCAGUCACCAACAAAUGAAAGACUGUGAUUUUGUUUUAAGAUUUAUCAGUUCUUACCAUUAGUUAAAAGGACUCUGUUUUUAUUGUGCCUUCAUCAUGUAAGGUGUGGUUUUUAUUUCAUAUUCUUCAUCCAAAUUGACUUAAAGGGCACUUUUAUUUUGUGCCUAACACAUUCUUUUACUUAACAAAAAAAAAAACUUUGUUGGUGAAUUGGUAUCAAACUGGGAAAUUUUUCACACUGAAUGACCGCCUGUGGAAGAUGAUGAGGGCCAAAGACUGUUCAGGACUAAGCCAUAUGAAAAACUCUCUCUGACACUCUAGGACAGACUUAAAGUGACUGCUGUUGUCCCUCUUUUCACUUGCUGUUUUCUGCUUGUGGUGCUUGUAUGUGCUGCUGUGCUACCUGCCAAUUUAUUUUGCUGUGUAUAGCUAUUAAGAGUAAGUUACUGUGCCUAUGAUGAGUUCUGCGAUUUCUGUUUGACCUUGAAUAAAAACACUUAUCUGUGA